AUUACUUUAGUAGUUCUAUUCUAAGUUCGUGCAAAGGUAGAAGAAACAAUGGCUCGACUAAGCCUCAUCGUAACGAUCAUCGCCGUUGCAUUGGCAUGUGUAUUCGCAGAGAAAGAGUUGUAUUCGGAUCGGUACGACGAUAUCAAUAUCCAAGAAAUUUUGGCGAACGAAAAAUUGCGAAUGCAAUAUUACAAUUGCUUCUUGGGGAUCGCACCAUGCAGGACUGCAGAUGCAAAAUUCUUUGCUGGAGUUAUAGGCGAAGCUAUACGAACUCAAUGCAGCAAGUGCACCGAAAAACAAAAAAACCUUUUUGAUAUCUUAGUUGAUUGGUAUACAAAGAAUAAGCCCGAAGAAUGGGAAACAUUUGUUAAGAAGACUAUAGAGAACAUUCAAAAUAAAAAUGUUUAAAAAACUUGAUUUGCUGAUAACAAAUACCAACAAAAAACUCCGACAAGAUGAUGACUCAUGAAAUGAUGACUUAUAUAUGAAAUUACAUAUGAAUUACAUAUGAAAACUAAUUAGGUUAAUUAACCUAAUGAAAACUAAUUCAAUAUACAAAUUCAUAUAAUGCUAUAUACUGUAGUGUUAUAUUGGUAGAAUAAAAAUAUUAAAAAAA